AUGAUUUUCCCUAAUUUUUAUAAAUGUCCAUUGUUCGUGGGAUUUUCUUGGUGGGCCUGUUUGCUGUGGGAUUUGCCAAGGGCUUCGUGCUCUGAGAGUCUGAGACCGUCGUUAAGCCCACGAAUCAAAUUGAAGUGGGCUCAAGAAUUUGGGUCGAGCCCAAGAACGGCCCAGCGAAUUGCAGUUUCCUCUACCAACGCAGUUCGCCAGCACCUCGCGGCGCGCGGGUCCCCGACAUCUCUCACUUCUCCUCGUCCUUCUCCGAAUCCAUCUUCAACUCUUGCAUUCCGCUGUCUCGGCGUUGUCGGCGUCGGGGGAGCUCGCGACAACGACUGGUGCAUGCUCGAACUCGAGCCGGAAGAAGGAGUUGUUUGGGCUGACGUCCGAAGAGCUUCGCGUGUUUUGCUGCUGCUUCGAUGGUCUGGAGCUCCUCGACUUCGUUGUUUCAGGCUGAACGAGCGCCGAUCGAUGCAUUCGCUAGAUGCUCUGAGGGCUCAGACCCAGCUUAAGAGCAGGUCGUUCUCCCAUUCAUUCUCCUCUGGAUGCGAAAGGGCAUGCUAUUCCCCAUGGAAGUCCUUGGGAUUGCCAAAAAGGAUAGGAUUUGAUGUAAUUGGCAUUCGUAUAAGGAGGUUGAAACUCGUGGUCAAAGCAGUUGCUACGCAAUGGCCGGAGCGUUUGGCUCUGAUUAAUGGUGAUCGGCAAGGUGAACUGAAUGGAGAGCUGGAGAGUUCUAGCCCGGCCAUAAUUCAGCCUGAGGCAGAUGGUGAAGAUCCAAGGGAAGAGUUUGAGAGAGAAAACUUACGGCGCACAAGGAUUUCUAGGUCCAACAGAGGGAAAGCCCCAUGGAAUAAAGGCAAAAAACACAGUGCUGAAACUAUCCAGCGGAUCCGAGAGAGGACAAAGCUUGCAAUGCAAAGUCCUAAGGUGAAAAUGAAGUUAAAGAACACAGGGCAUGCACAGAGUGAAGAGACAAGAUUGAAAAUUGGGGCCAAGGUGAGAAUGGGGUGGCAAAGACGCUAUCAGAGAUUGAUGAUGCAGGAAACAUGCUUCCAUCAAUGGCAGAACCUAAUUGCAGAAUCUUCUCGAAAAGGCCUCCUCAUAGGUGGAGAGGAGCUGCAUUGGGAUACAUAUAAUAUUUUGGACAAACAGCUUGAGCAGGAGGGGUUGGUGAGUGUUCAGGAGCGCAAAUCAAUGCCUAGGCCCAAAGGUGGCAAGAGAAUACCAAAAUCCCCAGAGCAAAGGAAGAAAAUCGCCAAAGCAAUUGCUGCAAAGUGGGAAGAUCCUGAAUACCGUAAUAAGGUUUAUUCUGGGAUGGUAAAAUAUUAUGGUACACCUGUUAGAGCUCAGAGAAAGCCGAGAAGAAGGAAAAUCGACACUAUGGUGUCCAGAAAGAUGGACUCAGCAGAGAAGAGACCAGACAAUACUGAAGAUGCUUCUAGGAGUGACACUAGAGUUGGGCUCCAGCAAUUGAGAUUGAGAAGCAAGAUGCCCCUGUAUAAAGACCCUCUGGUAAGUUCGAAGUUGGAAAUGAUUAAAACUAUCAGAGCUGAAAGAGCAGCCAUGGAUACCAAGGCAAUUGAAGCUGUUGAACAAGCUAGAAUGUUGAUUGCUCGAGCUCAGAAGGCUGCAAAAGCCCUUGAGGUGGCUGCAAGGACCAAUCCCAGUGCUCGAGAUUCUCUCCUGGAAUCAAGGCAGAUGACAGCUGAAGCAGUUGAACUGAUUAAAUCCAUAGAAACAGGGCAAAGUUUUUCCGUUGAGAAUGGAACACUUGUCUCAGAUGCUGCGGCUGAAAUGGAUGGCAAAAUUGGAAAGGAAACAAUUGCAACCUCUACAAACAUGCCAAAUCACAGAAGGGUUGAUAGAAGCCAUGAACUUGUAUCCGGUAGAAAUGAAAACUUUGAUUUCAGCAACUUCACGUGGCGGAAUGCACUGGACGAUGGAGAGAUAGUUAGCCCACAAAGUUCCAGUUUUGCUCGGCCCAUGUGGAAGUCUCCAAUGAAGAAUUCACAUCUUGCUCCACAAUGUGAUCAAAUGGGAGCAACUGGGAACGUGAAACGCCAAGGUCAGGCUAAGGAAGAAAACCAGAUAGUGCCGAGAACAGAAAAGGUUACGAAGAAAUGGGUUCGAGGAAGGCUGGUCGAAGUGACGGAGUCGACAUAGUUUCAGCUAACAAGGCAUCCAAUCGUGGGGACUCUGACAUUAGGUUUUACAAUAUGUCAAGAGUAGUUCCAAGUCCCGAACUCCGGAUGCUUCGUUAGCAGUAGCUGCCUCGUGAAGAAGCGACUGCAGCUGCUACAAUACAUGAGACUGUACUUCGUUCCCCGAAAGAAGAGCUCUUUCUUUUCCCACCUCCUUUUAGGAUCAAAGGAACUCUGUCAACCUUUGAUGCGGCUUUGUUAGCUCAAUUUUUGACGCAUUGCGGCUUGUGUACAUGCUCAAAUUCUCAGUCCAGGCUUUGAUUGUUUGAAAACAGUCCAUGGAAUAUAACCGCCGUAUCUUUUCCCCUCGAGAGUCGAGGCUC